CACCCUCUCCCUCUAUCUUAAGACUCCCUUGGCCUCCUCCGGGUGGCUCUUCUUUGGUGCACAACGCCACCCUUCCCUUCUCUUCUUUGCUGUCUCUCGUCAGGUUCCUUCUUUCUGGGUGAACCUCUCGUAUUAUUUGGCCAUCGGAAGAGAGAGGUGGUGCGGAGGGAUGGGUCCGCAGCCCUGGACAGGGGUUGAGCGGAGGAGCAACCACAUCCCCGUCAAGCUCUUCGCCCUCGUGCUCCUCGUCUACCUCACCUUCCGCAUCCUCUUCUCCGGCUUCGUCGUGCUCCUGCCCGUGCCGGAGUCGCCCGCGGUCCCGGUGGACAGAUCGGACUCGAGGGAGGUGGCCGUCGGCGUCGUCUCGGACGCGAAGCCUCGCAAAGAUAAGUGUAAUCUUUUUACUGGGGAGUGGAUUCCAAAUCCUUCAGGACCAGCAUAUACCAACGAAAGCUGCCGAUUUAUAGAAUCUCCUCAGAAUUGUAUGAAGAAUGGGCGUCCUGAUAUGGGAUAUCUAUUUUGGAGAUGGAAACCACACGGUUGUGAUGUUCCUCCUUUCAAUGCCCAGAAAUUUAUGGAAGUUAUGCGGAACAAAACUUGGGCGCUAAUUGGUGAUUCAAUUCUUCGCAACCAUGCACAGUCAUUGAUUUGUCUCCUUUCGAAGGCUGAAGAUGCUGUUGAGAUCUAUCAUGACGAACAAUACAAAUCGAGAACGUGGCGCUUUCCUUCCCACAACUUCACCAUCUCACUCAUCUGGAGCCCGUUCCUGAUUAAAGCAGAGAUUUUUGAAAAUGAUGAUGGUGAGUCAAAAUCUGAAAACCGGCUCCAUCUUGACACCCUCGAUGACAACUGGACAAGUCAGUAUACCAGCUUUGACUACAUGGUCGUAUCGGGCGGGCAAUGGUUUUUGAAAACUGCAGUCUAUAUGGAGAAUAACACAGUUGUUGGCUGCCACUACUGCCCCAAGCUGAACUUAUCAGAACUCGGUUACGAGUAUGCUUAUAGUAAAACCCUCAAUUCGGUCUUCCAUUUUGUCGCUACUUCUGAGCACAAGCCGAUUGUUAUUUAUAGGACAUGGGCGCCAGACCACUUUGAAUAUGGUGAGUGGUUCAGUGGUGGUGUUUGUAACAGGACCGCACCAUACAAGGCAGGGGAGUUUGAUGGCAGAGAAGUGGACCGUGUGAUGCGAAAAAUUGAGCUAGAGGAGUUCAACAGAGCGGUGGCACUCGAUGGAACAGAGAAUGCGGCACACCUCAAACUCCUGGACACUUUCCAACUCUCUUUGCUAAGGCCUGAUGCCCAUUCAGGACCUUACAGGAGAUUCCAUCCGUUUGAGAAGGAUAAGAAUGCGAAAGUUCAGAAUGAUUGCCUGCAUUGGUGCUUGCCUGGCGCAAUCGAUGCUUGGAACGACUUGAUAAUGAAGCUUACAUUGGAUGAAUGAUCUCGGUUACAGAUUUUUCGAAGCCCAUAUCCCUGCUGAGAUUGAUUUAUUUUGGACAGCCAACGGCGAGAUUGUCGAACAGCUGCACCGUUCCACUGCAGAUGAUUUAGUAUGGUAGGCUGUUAUUAGGUUUAGAUUGUAAAUCUUGGUUCAUGAGAGUCUUAAAUUGGCUUGUCAUGAUUUUUUUUAGACAUUCUUUUGAUAUCAUAAGAUAUAUGCUUACUGUGGUGUGCUUGAAAAGAAAGUUGCAAGUCCAACUACUCUGAUGUGUAUUCUCUUAGUUAUUUUCUCUCUUCUC